GACCACGACCGACGAUGGCAGAGUGCAGCUUUGAUCGCUACGGACCCCCUGUGUCGAUCCUCCGUCACCACCCUGGUGCUCUUGACGAGAAACAUGGGUUUGUGGAUCGAUCAAUGGAUGACAACACACACGAUAAUACUCCACUCAACGACGACCACGGCCUUUCCGACGAGAAGACCAGGUCGAAAGCAAGGGCGUCAUGUGGACUCCGAGCCUGGCGCAUGUUCCCUCGCUACCCUCCCCGCCGAGAUACUCGCCAGCAUCCUUUCGUACCUCGCCCCGGAUGACCUAGGCCGCAUCUCGGGAACAUGCCGCGUCUUGUAUCUCCAUAGCACAGACGAUCGACUCUGGCGACGGCACGUGCAGGAAAACGUACCGGGACAAGAUAUUACCUCCUCUCACCCUUACACCAACUUCCGCGAGCUAUACUCGGCCCACGACCCGCACUGGUUUGUUCCAAAAUAUAAGUUUUGGUUCUCCGACACUGGCCUCCCCGGGCGCAUCAUUAUCACCCGCUACAACCAGCGGGAAGGCACCAUCGAGGGCUAUCAGCUCCUUUGCCAGAACGUAAACACCAGUUUCCACACAUGGCAUGCGCCAGGGCCGAGCAUCGUAUCUGGCUUCAGCCCCUCACUCCAUCUUCACCACCAGCUCCCGGCCUUCCGCCUGUCAGGACGCCCCCAUUCUACCGAUCCCGCAAAUGCCUAUGAAUCCGGCUCUAGCAGCAGUAGCAGCGGGUCGGCCUGCCAAGAUGAAGAUACUCGGGGGAGGACUGGCUUCCGAUCCGAGGUUCUCAUGGAACCGUCUCCCACGAGCAGCGUUAAGAAUAGCUUCAGCUAUGCGCGCUGCCUUUCACCUGACGAUCUCGCGGCCCGCGCGAGCCCCCGCUUUCCCCAUAACCAUGUCUGGCCGUCGCCGUUGAUCGCCAGUGACCACCGCGUACUAGGCGCCGGCCUGGCACAGCCCAUGACCCUGCGGCUCAAAGACCGCGCUCGUUCGCGGCGCGAGGUUUACGAUAAGGCAUUUCGCAUCCACAAGUGGCUCAUGGUGCAGCAGUUUGAGCAGCCCAUAGUCGAGGCCGGCACAUUCGGAGCCCAUUUCCGCAGCGAACAGGCCGGGGCCACACCCCGCUACUUCGGGCUCCCCACCAUCGCCAAGCUCGGCGAGGAGGUCGCGACCUACUCGACCCUCGACCCGGCCCAGUACACGCCCACGGCCACCAAGCCCUUCCGCGGCAUCUUCGUCGGCGACUACGGCGGGCACGGCUGCGAGUUCGUGUGGAUCAACCAGCCGGACGACGACCCGGCGGCCGAGGACGCCUUCGACCCGGCGAGCGUCGCGCGCCGCGACGGCGAGUCCGACGACGACUACGCCGCCCGCCAGCGCGACGCCCAAGUCUACCGCGGACGGCUAGAGGCUGUCAAGCUGACCGGCGACGUCAAUGUGCCGCGCGGCGAGCACACCUUUGUGGUUGACGACCUCGGUGAGGCCGGGUUUGUGCGCGAGGAGACCAAGGACCCGUUCACGGGUGCGAGGGUGGUGAAGAGCAGGGCGCAUAUCGCGAAUACGGGGUUUCAGAAUGACACGUACGCGGACGGCGAGCUGUUCUUGGUGACGCCUAACCUUUUGGCGCAUAACUGGUUGUCGUUGGGGCAUAUUAGCUACUUGAUGCGGGUGGAUAUUGACAAGUUCAUCGUUCCCGGUGAUCACGACGCUGGCACGUCGGUAUGAUCGGCCGUGGGAAUGUGGACGAUAAUGGGGUGCUCGUGGGCUUGUGGCAACGUGGGUUCAACAGGUUACGUGGGCAAGUGGCGCAUUUGGCUUAGGGGCCAGUAUCUGGCUUCAAGGUUGGAUAUCUUGUUUUGGUUUGGG